AUGGUCGGUUUAUGGCCGCCAGACAACCGAGACAUAUGUAAAAGUAUACGACCGAAAUUUCGGCUAGUGUACAACUUUAUCACGUUGCUCUUUAUAGCGACUAUACCGGCUUUAGCAUCGUUGAUAAGAGUAUGGGGCAACAUGAUACUAAUGAUAGAUAAUUUGCAAUACAGUUUACCUACAUUAAUGGCGUUGUUCAAAAUCAGCAUCAUAUGGUAUAAACAAGAAGCUUUAGCAUCUUUAACUGAUAUGAUUAGAAAUGAUUGGAUAAAAAUGAAAAUGGAAGAGGAACGUGUCGUUAUGCUCAAGUGUGCCACGAUAACUCGGGCACUCGCCAUUUGCGGAGUUUCCAUCUUGUUAGGUACAUUCACAUCUGCCUUUAUUCUCCCAUGGUUUGGACUGACAACCAGGCAAGUGACAAACUUAACAGAUUCUGGAAAACCCUUGUUAAUACAAUCGUACUACUUCCAUGACGUGUCUAAAAGUCCUCAAUUUGAGUUAACACUUCUGGCACAAGGAAUCGUAGUGCUCACAGGGGGUGUGUCAUAUACCGCGAUCGACAAUUUCCUCGGUUUAUUAGUUUUACACGUAUGCGGUCAAUUAGAGAAUCUACAUUCACGAUUGACACAAAUGGAAAAAUAUCCUAACUUCAUUGCAGUUUUGAAGUAUAACGUUCAAGAUCACAUACGCUUGAUAAGAGGUAGUUACCAUUGCAGAUCCGUCCAAAUUAUUGACGAUACUUUUGAUCUAGUGCUGCUUGGUAUGAUAGUUUGCUUUGGUAUAAUGUUCUGCCUACAAGGAUUCCUCAUAGUUAAUGUUGCUAAACAAGAAGGCCAGUUUUCAUUUAUGCAAUUAAUUUGGUUCGCUGCAGCGAUUUUAUAUACGUUAUUGCAUAUGUGCCUUUAUUGUGGCGUUGGUGAAAUUCUCGUGACACAAUCUGAAAGAAUACACCGAGCCACUUAUGAAUAUGCAUGGUAUACCGUGGAACCGAAGAUAGCAAAGAAUUUAUUGCUAAUCAUGCUUCGCUCGGAUAAUUCACUGCACAUUACGGCUGGAAAAACAUUUCCUAUGACGAUGGCGACGUUAUGUAAUUUGUUGAAAACAUCAGCAGGUUAUAUAUCUGUCUUACUUGCCAAACAAGAGUGA